UUUCACAUCGAUGAGAGAGCGAAAGUUGUGAGCAGUGAGCACUGAGCAAGUCCAGCCAGCCAGUAGCCAGUCGGCGGCUGGGGAACAAGAUACGAAAGGCUAUGCCACAGUGUACAGCUCAUGCACAACGUACAUAGUUUCCUUGUGGGUUGACUUACAGUGUGUGGUGACCCAUCAUCAUGGCUGACACAGAUGAUGCUGACUACAACUCAGAUGAGUAUCCAAAUUCACCAAGUUACGACAAUAGAGACAAUGAGGUAAAUGAAGAAGAAGAGGAAGAAGAUGCAGAGGCUGUCCAAGCUGAGUGCUUGGAAUUGUUUUCUCAGAGGGAUUUCAUCAUGGAGUCCAACGUUCUCAGUGUUUUAAAGAGGUACCUUCAGGCAGGUGGUUCUCCUGUCACUGUUGUGGAGCUGUUGUCAGCAAACUUCACAUCUUUGGCUGGUAUGGUCAAUGUCAUGGCCAACUGGCUCAUACAAACAGGUGUACCUUUCAGUGAGGUGACAACCUUGGUCGAGCAGCAUUUGACUGGCAUGGUCAUUAAGAAUUUCGACCCAAAGAAAGCAGAUUCUAUCUUCAACAGUGACGGCAAUAUGCCCGAGUGGUUACCAGAAAUGAUUCAACAUCCCACAUGGAGAUCCUUAUUCUACAAACUGGCAGAGCAGUAUCCAGACUGUCUUAUGCUUAACUUCACAAUAAAAAUGAUCUCUGAUGCUGGUUUCCAAGGUGAAAUUACCUCAGUGUCCACAGCCUGCCACCAGAUUGAAGUGUUCUCCAGAGUGCUAAAGACAUCUGUUGCGUCUUUUCUUUCUGGUGGGGAAGAAGCCUUAACCAAGCACUUGCCAGAAUUCACGAAAAUGGUUUGCCAUGGAGAGCACACAUACCUGUACAGUCAGCUGCUGAUGCACUUGGCAGCUGAGGACUCUCAGGGUGGAGCCAACAUGAAGAGAUUGUGUCAGGAGCUGCAAAAAUCUGCUGUAGAGAAGGGUUUGGAUGUGACUCCCAUCACCGUCGCCCUGAGCCACGCUAACGAGUACCCUCGAGCAUGCCAAGCGCUGUCCUCAAUGUUAUCCAGAAAAGCCCUCAAUCCAGCUGAUAUCACUGUCUUGUUCAAGAUGUACUCUGACAAUGAGAAGGCAGGUCCUCCCGUUGCCCUGAUCAGAGUUCCUGAGUUUCUAGAUCUUCUGAUUGAUGCCCUGUAUAAUCCAUCUCAUCGCAUCAACCCAGAACACAUGUCAAAGUAUAUCUACCUCCUGGCUUACUCCGUCAGUGUUGUCGAGUCACAGCGCAGAGGGAAGAACAGAAGACUGAACAAAGAAGAGCUGAAGUCCACAAGUCAAGCGAUUGAGAAGACACAUUCGCUGAUAUGCCGUCAUAAAGGUUCUUCAGAAUUGAUUGCAGAAGUUACCACUCUCUUCACCUGUAUCAAAUUUCCAGUAGUAGGCAUGGGCAUUCUCCAUUGGGUAGAUGUUACGGUGUCAGAACCCAACUUUUUCAAGCUGAACACUGACCACACACCACUGCAUCUGGUACUGGUGGAUGAGAUUGUUUCCAAUCACCCCCUGUUACACCAGAAAGCCCUAGAAUUGCUUGUGAGGCUCUUUGAGAACACCUACGAUGAGCUGGACGUGCUGGUCAGGCUGGAGCUAAAGAAGAUGCUGUUGGACCGAAUGCUUCACCUGCUGCACAAAGGCUGUGUCAUCCCGGUGGUGACCUUCAUCACCAAGUGUGUGGAGGACACGGACAUCUCGCUAGUCAGGCACUUUGUUACAGAGCUUCUGGACAUGAUUGCCCCGCCCUACACAGUGGAGUUUGUACAGCUUCUGCUUCCUCUGAUCGAGAACAAAGCCAUCACAGACACUCUCAGGACCAGUGACGGCAAGGAUCCUGUGUCAGAAUUCAUCAAUCACUGCCAAGCCAAUGUGGGCCAAGUGUGACUGUCAAGUCUUGUGACCUCUUGACCUCUGUAGCCUCGUCUCUCCCCCCAUUACAAGGCCUGUUGACCAGAUGCCCAGAGAUACCCUUUGGCAUGAUUUAAAAUUUGUUGCCUCAUGGGGAGGGGGGG